GUGCCGACUGCGUUACCCAUAGCAAAAUGUACGAGUGCGAAUUGAAGCUUAAAUUUUGAUAGUAGCCAAUGCAGUAGUAGGCAGCCAGUGCCGAGUGCGAAUUGCCGAGUCUUGUGGUAUGCUGUUUAUAACUCAGGUUAUCCAGCUUCUAUCGACUAAAUCAAAAUUUGGUAAUCACCAAUUAACUUGUCAGAUCUGCUGUCUACGCCAUGGGUACUUGUCACAUCGAAAUUUUUAUUCUAAGAUAACUGAUGAAUCAUCUCAGGUCAAAAAGAAUCUAUAUCUGUGAGCCAUGAAUCCUGCAACAUAUCAAAAUAUGAAUAGUGAUAAUGUUGAUUGGGCAGCUUUGGCUCAACAAUGGAUUAAAAUGAAAGAAGCAGCUCCUGCUACACCACCACCUCCAAAUUUGCAGGAUGCUUCACAAUCAAUUAAUACAAGAAAUGAAGUUCCAAUGGAUAUGGAUGGAUCAGAUGAUGGUGUACCACCAGCUCCACCUGCUCCUACUAUCAGUGGAUCAGAAAAUUGGAAUCAGUGGAAUCAAUGGGAAAAUCAAUGGAACCAAUCACCAAUGGGGUCAAAUUUAACUAAUUGGGAAUGGAAUAAUGGAAGAUCUGCUCAAAAGGCCCUGAAAACUCCAAAUAUUCCUAACACUGCUGUCAUUGCACCACCUGCUCCUAUGAUAUCAACGUGUCCUCCAUUUGCUAAUCAGUGCGUAGUACCACCUACAAUUCCACAAGUACCACCACCUCAUUCUUAUACCUAUAAUGCAUUACCUGCUACUCAUUCUCAAUUUAGUAACCAAAUGAUUCCAAAUGAGUUUUGGAGUAACGAACCACAUUCAGAAACAAGUGCAUCACUAGCAAAAAAUAUGCAUGAUUUAGCAAGAAUGCCUUUUGGUCCUAUGGGAAUAGAUAUUCCCAAAAAAAGAGAUAUCAGAGAUACAACACCUGAAGAUGAUCUUUCUAUUACACUUGAUACUGUAAAAAGACGCCAAUUACCAGCGUGGAUCAGAGAAGGUCUUGAAAAAAUGGAAAGGGAAAAACAAAAAGCCAUUGAACGUGAACAAUUAGAAGCAUUGAGAUUAAAAGAAUUAGAAAAUAAAAAAAUAAGUGAAGAGGAGGCUAGAGCUGUUCUUGAUCCAGCUAAAAGUAAAUUUGACACUGAUUCUGAUCAAGAAGUUACUGAAUUUGAAAUGGAAGACGAAAAAAAACCGGACAACCUAAGCGAAGAUCAAGUAUCAGACAAAGACAAAUAUGAGAAACGCAGUCCUGAUUAUGUUCAACCUAGAAAAACGCGAUUUAAAGAUGCUUCUUCUCCAGUGGUUCAGUCUAAUGAUACAGUAGCACCAAUAAUAAAUGAAAAAGUUCCUGAUACUAUCCCACAGCAAGCAGUAAUUUAUCAAAGUAAAGAGGAAAUGUUACAAAAUAUGAUGUUGAAGGUUCGGAGAUCCUUAACAGAAAUUUUGCUUGAAGUUACCAAUGAUGAAAUUGGUUCAGUUUGUAAAGAUGUUUGGAAACGAUUUUGUAGUAAAGGAAAAACUACAACAAAUGCUGGCCCUGCAGUUUUAUCACAAUUAUCACGUAAACUUGGUUUGGGUAUAUAUAGUGAUAGUAACAGUGAAUCUGAUGAAGAACGUGCUACUAAUAAUGAUCAUGUACAACCAUCUCAAGAUGAUGACGUUGAAAGCGAUGAGGAAAUAAUGAAAAAUUUACGUCAGCGACAAGUAGCUUUUCGUAUGACUGAAGCUGAAAUUGAAGCUCGCUUGGCUGAAGAAGAAAAGAAUGAUGAUGAGGAUGAUGAAAAGUCCGAUGAAUCAGAAAAAAAUCAACAUACCAAGAGAAAUAAUUCCAAUCUGUCUGACGAAUUAAACUCCUUGGCCACUAGUUCUGAAAAGCCAAAAAUUUCUCGAGAAAGAGUAUUGUCCGAAAGUAGCAAUUCAAAACGAGAGCGUAAGAGUUCUGAUGGUUAUGAUUCUCCAAGUUUACAAAGUACAAGUCAUCACAGUUCAACCAAAAAAAAUAGUAAACAUAGUAAUAAUAAAAAUUCUAACAAUAAAAUGACAAGAGCAUCUUCGAGCCGAAGUAGAUCCAAAAGUAAAAGCUCUCGAGAGGGUUCUUCCGAGCAUCGUACAAACGAGUACCUAGAGAAGAAAAACAAAAAGAAAGAUAUUUCCAAACACGCGGAAAAAUUACAUAAAACGAGAUCGAGAUCUUCGUCGCGAUCUAGACGUAAAAAUCAUUCAAGAGAGCGAUCUUGUUCAAAAUCGAGUUCUCGGUCCAAGCAUAAGUAUAAGAAAUCUCGAUCACGUUCAACUUCGAAGAGACGACGACGUAGUAGAAGCCGGCAUAAGUCUCGUUCAAGAAGAAAGAAAUCUGUUAGUCCUUCUCAUUCUUCAAGCCGAUCGCGCUCUCGGUCUUCGACUUCUCAUAAGGAAUCUCGUUCGUCUUACAGUAGAAACAGCUACGAAAGAGACACGGGCUCAAAAAGACGUAGGGAAAGUCGUUCGCGUUCCAUCGAACGGAAACGACGUUCAGUUUCCAGCUCACGGAGUAGUAAAAAACGCCGUGAUAAAUCUUACCGUGAGAAAAAAAGUAAAAAAUCUCAUAGAUAUUAAUGCGUGCAAUGGUGUACGCGGACAGCUUCCUUAAUUAUGGUCAUGUAUAAAAUUUGAAAAGUUAUUUUAGUCGAAAUAACUUUAAAAUGAGUGGCACCGGAUAAUGAAGUAAUACAUAAAUUGUAACUUUAUUUAUAUAAACUCGUAUAAAUAAUUAUAAGAUUGUACUGUAUACAUAUAAUUGUAAACCUUCAAUUCGUAUUUAUAUUUGAUUAUAAAUAUGCGGGUUAGUGUAUAAGUGUGAGUGCGAACGAAUGUAAGCAUGUACUGUUAAUUGUCAAAGAAAUAAUUGAGUAGAAUAGAGUUUGUAUAGAACAAUGUAAAAAAGUCACCAUAAACUUUAAAAGUUUUAAAUUCGAUGAUUUUUAAAAUAUAAAAUUGAUAAAAAAUAAUAAAUAAUUAGCUACUUA